GAUCGAUAAAAGACUAGGUUUUAGCGCCAAUCGAACGUAAGCCUUUUGCUUUCUUUCCGCGUUUAUGAAGAGGCAACUCUUGGGAAGAGAAGUAUAUGGUAUAAGGGAUACAUAAAAGAACGACCUUGCUCGUCGGCGUAUUGAAAAAGUUCUUUCGAUAAAAUAUUCUGCUUUAUCUCACUAUCUUAUGUAUAAUUUCACGAAAUAGGAUCGGUCCCUUCGCCUUACAUGUUACAAAGUUAAGUUAUUAUCGUACGAAGCGAAGGGCAUAUAUAUAUAUAUAUAUAUAUAUAUAUAUAUAUAUAUAUAUAUAUACAAGUAUAUAUAUAUAUAUAUAUGUGCCAUUCGAUAGUUUUCAAAUUGAUCCAAUCGUUUCCUGUGAAAAUAAUGAAACGUGUAAGAAAAUCUAAAGGCAAUUUAAAUGAUUUAUAAAAAAUAUUAAGGUGUGGUGUGUGCGGCGCGAUGCGUAUACAAGUGUAAUAUACGUAGUAGAUGCGCGCGCAAGAAGAAUCGCAAAGAGGAAGUAAAUUUAUUUAAUCAUAUAGCUUUCGUGACAGCAUCGAUGUCUAUAACUAUGCACGUUGGCACAAGUUAUCGUUGGAUAGAAAAGAUUUCUCGUCGUAACGACUUGACGAUUAUUCUAGCUUGUCGUUUGAUACAGUCUAAAUCGUGUGCAUAUGUGAAAAUGAAAACACAUUACGAUACGUUAAAAGUAUCACCGAAUGCUACUCAAAACGAAAUAAAAUCAUCUUAUUAUAAAUUGAGCAUGCUAUAUCAUCCCGAUAGGAAUAAGUCUGAACAUGCAAAACGAAAAUUUCAAGAUAUUUCACAGGCAUAUGACGUAUUGAACAACUAUCAAACGCGCAAACGUUAUGACAGAUCGAUUAUGAUAAAAGAAAACGUCGAGGAAAAUGCUCCUAAAGUGACUUAUACGUAUGCUUCUGUUUACAAAAGUAAAGUAGAUCCAAUGGGAAACAAAUAUUUUAAUUUCGACGAAUGGACUCGUCAGCAUUACGGUGAAAGGUUAUAUGUAAGAAGAAGGAAAGAAAAAUUUACCGAGGCAAACAAUAAAAUAAAUGAAAGCACUAAUAAUAACAAUUUAUUUCCAUAUUGGACAAUAUUAUUUCUGAUAGUUUUCUUGAUUUCAAGACUGGUAUAUCCGUUAAAAUAUACUACCGAUUACGAUGUACCACAGAAAAAGAAGGAAGCGUAAAAGACAAAGAAAAGAAAAAGUAUAAUUUCAAAUACAUUGUUGUGUAUAGUUGAAUCGUUCAAGAGUAGAAAUUUAUUGAUAUUAAUGUAAAUAAUUACACUUGCGAAAAGAGUA